AUGUUACGACAUUUUUUGAAACGGAUAAGAAAUGCUGCGGAAGUGAAAUGCCAUUGUCGGAAACUUACGAGUGAAGAAAACAAUACGACAUCAAGUAGUGAAGUUUGGGACGAUCCAUGGCAGGCUGCUAUGCCGAAAACAGAACAUACGCGAAGCAAAGCGGUUGAGAUAUCAGUAGAUUGGAAGUAUGUACAAAGGCUCAUGCCAAGGAAAUUGAUUCCUGAUGUACCAAAACAUGAUACAUAUCCAACACCUAGUGGUUGGAGGCCACCAAAACCUCGACCUGAUUUAACAUUUUAUGUGGAACGAAAUCGUGAUCACUUGUUACCACUUUAUUUGGAAACGAGAAGGGAUCAGUUAGAUCCAAAGACAUUGGACUUUGAAUAUGUUGAGCUGGUACUAGUGAAAAAAAUUCAUGGCGAUAUAUUUGAAUGUGAAAAGAAGAUACGAGAAUAUUUGGAAAAAUAUUUGCACCAUCCAAUCGCAACGCACGUUGAUGAAUUGAAAGGAUUCAUUCGAAUAAAGGGUGCUGAACGUGCUCUCGUUGAGCAAUGUUUGUAUGAUUUUGGUUUUUGA